GCUUCCUGUUUGCUGUGACAGUUACGGUACCGGCCCGGUGUGGUCCGACAGUCGGAACACGGAGCUGUCAGAGAGCAGCGGCGGAUCGAUCAGCUGCAGGUAUCGAUAGGCGUUUAUCGAUGACAGAUGGAGGAUCCAGCCUCAGGACCCAAACUGGUUCUGGUCUUCAGCGGGAAACGGAAGUCCGGAAAAGAUUAUGUGACGGACCUGAUACAGGAGCGUUUAGGAUCUGAUGUUUGCUGCAUCCUGCGUCUGUCUGGACCUCUGAAACAGCAGUAUGCUCAGGAACACGGUCUGGAUCUGGACCAGCUGCUGGGUCCUGGUGUUUACAAGGAGCAGUAUCGGGCCGAUAUGAUUCGUUGGGGAGAAACUCGGCGACGCCAGGACCCCGGAUUCUUCUGUCGCCUAGCAACCAGAGCAGCACGACAACCUGUUUGGGUGGUGAGCGAUGCACGGCGGCUGUCAGACCUGCAGUGGUUCUGGUCGGAGUUUCCUGGACAGACUCAGAGUGUCAGAGUUCAAUGUUCAGAAAAAACACGCAAACAGAGGGGGUGGAGCUUCUCCCCAGGUGUGGACGAUGCAGAGUCAGAGUGCGGGUUGGACAGUGGGGUUGAAUUUGAUUGGCUGAUCACCAACGACGCAGACGCCCCUUCGUUAGAAGAGCAGCUGCAGCCAAUCCUGAAGCUGGCCGAGGAAGCAGCGUCAUCGUCGUCAUCAUCGUCGUCAUCAUCGUGCCACUGAUAAACACUGAUCAAUAAUCUUGUCGAUAACUGAAGAAUGUCCUAGUUUUCUCUCUGAUGAUCAAUAAAGUUUUUGUAAGUCUGCA